UCGGUCCACCCAAAUAAUUCGCCCAGUGCCCUGGGGGAGAAACCACGGAGCGAGCACUCUCGGGAGCUCCGCCCCCUCUUACGAUGAGUCCGAGGCGAGCGCGAGCACGUAUCACUCUUUAAUGCUUUCUCCUCCUCUCCAUUGUCCAAUUGAGGAAGAAGACGAAGAAGAAGCAUCGUCAUCAUCAUUAUCAUCAUCAUCGCCAUGGCUACGCUGUCCCAGCUCCAGCUCCGCUCCUCUUUCCUACCCUCCUUUCCCUCCCUCCGCCGCUCCUCCGAGCCCUCGGCGGCGGCGGGGGUGAUGGGGCGGGGCCGGGGGCGGGGGAGGGUGGAGGCGAAGAUCCGGGAGAUCUUCAUGCCGGCGCUGAGCUCGACGAUGACGGAGGGGAAGAUCGUGUCGUGGACGAGGGCGGAGGGCGACAAGCUCUCCAAGGGCGACAGCGUCGUCGUCGUCGAGUCCGACAAGGCCGACAUGGACGUCGAGACCUUCUACGACGGCUACCUCGCCGCCAUCAUCGUCGACGAGGGCUCCGUCGCGCCCGUCGGCUCCGCCAUCGCCCUCCUCGCCGAGUCCGAGGACGAGAUCCCCCUCGCCAAGUCCAAAGCCGCCGCAUCGUCCUCCUCCUCCUCCUCUUCCGAUCCCUCAACCUUCCAUCCAUGGAGUCCAUCGCCUCCUCCGCGUCGAUCUCCGCCCCCUCCCCCAGCUACCGAAGCCCUAGCAUCGCCUCCCCCUCCGUCACCUGCAGCUCCGUCGCCGGUGUCGGCUUCUUCUUCGACUCACCCCGCGGCUGAAGGCGGGCGGAGAGUCGUGGCCACGCCAUUUGCGAAGAAGCUCGCCAAGGAUCUCAAGGUGGAGCUCGGAUCCGUCGCGGGAACCGGACCAAUGGGACGAAUUGUUGCUAAGGACGUGGAAGCUGCUGCCGCGGCAGCUCCAACAACGGCCGCCGCAGCCCAGCCGGCUCCUUCGGCUUUGCCAGCCGUUGAAUUGGGCUCGGUGGUGCCGUUCACUACAAUGCAGGGCGCAGUGAGUAGGAACAUGGUGGAGAGCCUCGCUGUCCCAACCUUCCGAGUCGGGUACACCAUUACCACUGAUGCCCUUGAUGCGCUCUACAAAACAAUUAAGUCGAAGGGGGUUACUAUGACUGCGUUGUUGGCUAAGGCCACUGCAAUGGCGUUGGCGCAGCACCCGCACCGGGUGGUUAAUUCCAGCUGUAGAGAUGGGAAGAGCUUUACCUACAAUAGCAGCAUCAACAUUGCUGUUGCUGUGGCCAUGGAUGGAGGGUUGAUCACUCCUGUUCUUCAGGAUGCCGAUAAGGUUGACAUUUACUCGCUGUCGAGGAAAUGGAAGGAAUUAGUUGAUAAGGCCCGCGCUAAGCAGCUGCAACCUCAUGAGUACAACACUGGCACGUUCACUCUCUCAAACCUUGGAAUGUUUGGUGUCGACCGAUUUGAUGCUAUUCUACCUCCUGGAACUGGAGCCAUCAUGGCCGUCGGUGCAUCACAGCCAACUGUUGUUGCUACUAAGGAUGGCAGGAUUGGUAUGAAGAAUCAGAUGCAGGUGAAUGUAACUGCCGAUCACCGCGUAAUUUAUGGGGCUGAUCUUGCUGCAUUUCUGCAAACUCUUGCGAAGAUCAUCGAGGAUCCAAAAGAUCUUACCCUUUAAACACUCCCCGCGUUUCUUCUCUCAGCUCGGUAAUUCAUUGAGCUAUUCUCAAAAGGUUAUUUCUUUCCUCUGAUAGAUGGUCAAGAUUUGUUCUUGUUGUAAUUUGAGCUAGCCGCUUAGUCAGCGUCAAUCGGGCUUGCAAGGACUCUGUUUCUUCUAGGUGUUUUCGUUUCUUUUUUUUGUUUGUUCAUUUUCCAGUUAAAGUCUAUGUGUUACACAGCACUUCCAAUAGAAGUUUUGACUUCUAGAUCUGUUAAAUUUUGUGGCGUGUGUGUUUGUGUGUGUGUGUGUGUGUGUGUUAUCUAAGGUGGGUUGAUUUUUGGUUAAUUUAUUUAGAAAAUGGCAGAAACACCUUUUCUGUCUUGGAUAUGUAUGAACAAGUGUUGAUCCUACGGCAAAAGUAUGUUGAUCA